AUGCGGGUCGCUGUUAUCGGCGCUGGUCCUUCGGGCUUAGUUACGUUGAAGUACUUGAAGACUGCCCACGAGUUCUUUCCAAUCAAACCAAUCGAGGCCAAAAUCUUCGAGGCGGAAGCUGACAUUGGUGGGACCUUCGCGUACCGGACAUACGAAGAGGCUGAACUUGUAUCUUCGAAGCAACUCACCACCUUUUCGGACUUCCGGCCUCGGAAAGAUGACCCCGACUUCCUGAGUGCCACGAGGUAUCUUGAGUAUUUGCGGCAGUACUGCGACCGCUUUGAACUGUGGCCUGACAUUGAGUUCCUAUCUCCGGUCACUUCGAUCCUACGCCGUGAUGGUGGGGGUCAUAUUGUACACUAUAGGAAAGACAGCAAAGAGUCGACCUGGGAAUGUGAUGCCAUUGCUGUUUGCUCUGGGCUACACGUGUCGCCGAACAUUCCGGAUCUGAUGGGUGUCGAGCACAUCCGAAAGGUUCUCCACUCUGCUGAGUUCAAAAGUCGAGAGCAAUUUGGCCAAGAUACCACAGUAAUGAUAUUGGGCACCGGCGAGACAGGCGUAGACAUUGCCCAUCUGGCCGUUACAGAGCCCAAAGUAAAACGAGUCGUCUUAUGCCACCGCGAUGGUUUCCUUGGCGCCCCAAAGAGAAUCCCAACACCAGUCAUUCUUCCCAUUCUUGGACGGCAGGCAGACCCAGACUACUUAAACGUCCCAGUCGAUGUUAGCCAAGCAACCCUGUUUGACUCCAUGUAUCUUCACCCAUUGAUCCGAGACCGCUUGUUUCUCUGGAGCUACUAUGAUAUCGUCAUCAAGACCGCAUUGUGGUUGAUUUCAGGCACAUCCCACGGACAAGAUCAAUGGGUCGGCGGCAUUUCCAAGGAAAGAUUCCACGCUUCAAAAGGUGAGAUACUCGCCUAA